AUGGAGGUGAGUUCCUCCGAGGAGACGUCCCCUGCUGUGUCCCCUUCCCAGGAUCCCCCCCCACAGGACCCCAUCACAGAGACACCCCUACCUAACGUGAUCCAGGAGACUGAACCUCCUUCCUCACUCCCUUCCUCACCCCCUCCCCUCCUCAUCUCCUUCCCUCCUCUCCUCUCAGAGGACCCUCAGACCUCCACAGACCCCCCUUCCCUCUCCUCCCUGAAGACCCAAGUUUCCUCACCCUUUCUCCACGGCAGCCCCCACCCUAAAGAUCCCUCUAAGCACCGCUCUGACCGGGGUCCCUGUUUGCGUCACGUUCCAGUUCUACACCCCAGAACCCAGAGGAGACAGCAAUCUGAGCGCUUUGAUUACAGCGAGGUGUCUGAGGGCUGGGGUCGAGUGCCCGUCCUCCCGCAGGACAACCAGACAGGAAGGAGAGUCUCUGCCCGCCAGAGGAGGCCUGCAGUCUGCAGACAGUGUCCCUGCUGCAGGGACGACCAGGUGCCACAUACAAAGCGCAGGCGCCCUGCUGCUUCUGCAGACCUUCCCCAGAAAAGGAAGCAGACCUCCGCUGCUCUUCCUCCUAAACCUGCUGACCUGCCCCCUGUCUCUAAUGUGGCCCCCAGCCCCCGGACCUCCACUGCUCCCCUGCACCUCGACAACCCUAUCAGGAUCCACAACCGCUCAGUCGAGGAGUACCAGCUCAUCUACCAUGAAGUUGUGGAUAACAUGCUGAGGUUCCCGAACGGUCUCCUGCGUCCAUAUAGUUUGGGUCUGGGUCGUCGUAUCAAGCAGAAGCUGUGGGAGCGACUGGACCGUCCGAUGUUCACAGAGACAGUGGAUGAAGACGGUCUGGUCCAUGUGGACGUGUCCUACGGUGCUGGAGUCCAGCCUCCGCUCUUCAACGUGGAUGUUUCUGGUGAACCAGAGCCCGAAUAUCCACCAGCAAAAAGGGCAAAGCACUAAGACACACUCUCAUAAGCUGACAUGUCU